CAGUCCCUCCCUCUCCCCUCCCAGUCACGUGGUUCUCUCUCGGCAAUGGCGGCGCCGCUCUCGGAAGGCGCCCCUCCCCCACCCGGAACCGCUGCGGAGGAACCGCGGGGCGGGGGGAUUCCCCACGCGCUAUGGGGCGCCCGCGACGCCUUCGCCCUCCGGACCCACAACUACCUGCGCGGCUGCAAGUGGGCUCCGGACGGUUCGUGUGUUCUCAGCUGCAGUGAUGAUAACGUUCUGCGUCUCUUCGAUCUCCCCACGGCCGACGCCGCCCACGAGUUGGAGCCGUCGCUGUCGGUGCCCGAAGGUGAUACCAUUUAUGACUUCACGUGGUUCCCUCUGAUGGACUCGAACCGCCCCGAGAGCUGUUUGUUUGUACUGGUCAGGUUGGCCGCCAGCAGUCGGGAUAACCCCAUACACCUCUGGGACGCCUUCGAGGGGGGUCUGCGCGGCUCCUUCCGCGCCUACAGCAACACAGAGGAGCUUUUGGCGCCUCAUUCGCUGCUUUUCACUCCCGACGGAGCGGAAUUAAUCGGAGGUUUCAACGGCGCCGUUCGCGUAUUCCCAACGGAACGUCCCGGAAGGGUUUGCCGGGAGCGGCGGCUGCGCGAGCGCGGCGGGGGCCAAAGGGGCCCCGUGGGGUGCCUGGCGGCGACGCGGUCGCUGCUGGCGUGCGGCUCCUACGGGCGCAGCCUCGGCCUUUAUCCGCUCCGCGAUGGCGGCGGCGCCGUCGCCCUUUGGCUGAACCUCCGGCACUCCCCAACGCACCUCCGGUUCAGCCCCGACGGAAACCGCAUCUACGCCGGAGGGAGGAAGUCGCCCCACAUCGUCUGUUGGGACCUGCGCCGCCCCGACCCCCCCCUGAUGCUCCUCGAGCGCUUCGUGGGCACCAACCAACGCGUCACCUUCGACCUCGACCCGUCAGGGCGGUAUUUGGUGAGUGGUGAUACAAAGGGGUUCCUCAACCUAUGGGACGUUUGGGGGACCCCCAAAAGUGGGGACCCCCCUGUACUGCCCCCCCUGCAGCGAUUCCGCGCCCUCCGCGACUGUAUCAACGGAACCAGCGUUCACCCUUCGCUGCCGCUGGUGGCGACGGCUUCGGGGCAGCGGUUGUUCCCAUCGCCGUCGUGGGACAGCGACGGUGACGGUGACGGUGACGGUGACGGUGACGGUGACGGUCCUCCGCCCGGAGGGGACAAUCGGCUGCAGCUGUGGUGGUGGGGGGACAACAGCCCCUUCGGGGACACCGUCGCGACGGGCGACGACGGAGAUGUCACCGGAGGCGUCGGGGAGGAGGAGAGCGAUUGUCACCGCCGUGGGGACACCGAGACGAUGGGUGACAACGGGGACGUCCGAGGGGACAAUGGGAAUGAGGACAUCGAGUGUCACCUCCGAGGGGACACCGAGACUGGAGGUGACAAUUGGGACAUCCGAGGGGACACCGGGAAUGAGGAGAGCGAUUGUCACCUCCAUGGGGACAACGGGAAUGAGGAUAUGGAUUGUCACCUCUUUGGGGACACCAAGACUGGAGGUGACAACUGGGACGUCCGAGGGGACACUGGGAAUGAGGACACGGAUUGUCACCUCUUUGGGGACACCAAGACUGGAGGUGACAUCUAAGACACCUU